AUGUCACGACAGCUGGACAGCGACGGCAGUAGCGCCGAGUUCUUUUGUAGAAUACCUUCGUUGCCAGAUUUCGAUCGUACUUUCUCAAUAGAACAUACCAAGCAGCAUGCUGAAGUUGCUGUCAUACCUGACUUCAAUACUUCCGCCGAGCCGGAAAGCCAACUACCAAUGCUGUUUCCAAAGACUGGCCGAAACCUUCCAUUCCUAGAGGGAAAUAGGCUAGAAGCGAUACGGAGGCCAUCCGAACCGCAUCAGGGGCGUUUCUCACUGCACAACCAUCAUGGCCUUUCCAUACGCAAUCCACGAGAUUUCUAUAGUCAUGAUUCUUCUAGUAGAGAGUUAUUGGAUGCAACAAGACAGCGAGAGCUCGUCCCAACGCGGCCGACGCCUAUCUACCCUCGAGGUCAAAUAGUAACGGAUGCCAAGAAGACAGCAGCCAGAUCGAGGCGCCCCGUUUGCUACCAUGAGACCCCUUCGCGCACCUCAAUGGAAAGCUCCUCCUCUCCGCCUUGCGAAGUAACGCCGUACAUCCAUUCCAAUGCAGACGACUCACCAAACGGGUUCCAGAUACAGAACAAUCUGUUCAUCCCCAUUCGAGAAGCAGACAACGAUUUCUUGACCAAGCCACAAAAAGAACAGCCACUUCUGCCAAGAACGCGGCUUCUUGCUGAGAGCACUGCAACACCCCCUCCCCGGUUGACGCUGAGGCCAAGAGGACAGCAAACUAGUCUCGCGCUAGCCGACUGCUUCCUGUAG